GAUAAAUAAUUCAGACAUGCCAGUUUAAGUCCUAAAAAAGCUCAGGCAGUUAGUUUACCUAUCCAAUAUCAAACGUCGAAGCUGGUACCUUGGAGAGAAGAAGAUGGCAUUUUCGGAAGAAGCAAUUUCAGAGCUGCGCUCUAUCAUAGAGAAAGGCAUCGGUCCUGAAGAUGGGGCGGCGGCAAACGCCAUUCCCGGCACCACCUGCGUCAUUGUCGAUCGCGACGGGACCGAGCUCUUUGCUCACUCGGCUGGUAAGCGAGGCAUCAAGUCGAAGGAGCCCAUGACGCUCGACAACAUAUUUUGGAUAGCAAGUUGCACCAAAAUGGUGGCUGGGCUCGCCUGCAUGCAAUUAGUUGAAAAGGGCCAGUUAAGCCUAGACGACGCUGCACAGGUGGAGGAACUUUGCCCCGAGUUCAAGAACCUCAAGGUCCUGAAGGACGACGGGACCUUCGAAGAGAAAAAGAAUGGCAUCACACUAAGGAUGUUGUUGAACCAUACCUCGGGUUUCACAUAUUCCUUCUUCGACGAGACAAUAAGGGAUUGGAGCCAUCCUGUGGGUAUCGAUGAGUUCGGAGGCGAUAUUAAAGAAAUUCUGAAGUUUCCGCUGCGGUUCCAGCCUGGAGAGGGUUGGGCAUACGGGGUGGGCAUCGAUUGGGUUGGAAUAUUGCUUCAAAGGAAGACUGGAUUGACCCUAAAUGAUUAUAUCCAAAAGAACAUCUGCCAACCCCUUGGUCUGCAGAAUGUCAACAUGCUUCCGACUCAGGCUAUGAAAGACAAGUUAGCAUACAUGCAUUCUAGAGGGCAAGACAGCAAGAUCUACCCGAAGGACCAUAUAUAUCGUCGGCCUUUGGUCGCAUCAACUCCCGAAGAGACCGCGAGCAUUUUCCAAAGCGGCGGAGCCGGUCUCUUCGCAAAACCCCAGGAGUACGCCCGUAUAAUAUCGGUCCUUCUCAACGACGGCACAGAUCCCAAAACAGGCGUAAAGAUCGUUUCGAAGGCGACCAUUGACGAAAUGUUUAAGAACCAGAUCCCCAAAUUCCCCAACUUCGGACGGCAGGGCAUCCCGGCCGCGAAUCCGGACUUCACUCACGAGCUGCCGGACUUGUAUCCCGUCGCGGACAACCCUCCUCAGGGCUGGGGUCUGACAUUUAUGCUGAGCGGUGCUAGCGACGCGUCAGGAAGAUCCGCAAAUACUGGUCACUGGGCAGGUUUACCGAACCUGUACUGGUGGGCUGAUCGUGACCACGGCGUCGGUGGUAUAGUCUGCACACAGAUUCUGCCCUUCGCGGAUCCGGCAGUGCUCGGGCUGUGGGGUCAAGUAGAGGCUACUGUUAACAAGCACUUACGGUUAAUUAAAGAGGUAAAAUGAAAAAUUAUUUUGUCUGAAGCCUUAAAGUUGAUGGUUUGGGAUGGGUUUAUGUCUACCUAGGUAGUUGGAAUAGGGGUUGGGAUAAAGUUCACUACUGCAAGUUGCUUACACAUGUCACAUAAUCUCAACUAUGGUUCACGAGGGGAACAAGUACAUCCAUAUACAUGGUAUGGAAAUGGUAAUUGUAUUUUCAAUUUUAUUUCGGUCGCUGAAAUAUAAUGAGAUCCUAACGAAGG